CAUUACCCACAGAAAGCGGUUUUAUUUUUAUUAUUGCCACAUUAUCAACGCCCGCAGCAGCAUCGAUAUCAGAUAGGCGUCGAGAUAGAUGUGCAAAACAUCUGGUUUCACUUGGCUGGAUGUUUUCACAGCAAGUGUGUGCGCAGGAUGGAAAGGCCAGGCCCUUAUGUAGCCUAUAUAACACUGAAUACGCUCAUAAUAACACAGAAAUAGCCUACAUGAUGAAGGUAGGUGUAAUCGUAAUGACUAUAUCUGUAGUUAUCCUGAUGAGAGUUAUGAAUAUCAGACAUGUCUCUGGUUGGAGUAGAUGGAGAUCUGCCUGUUUGAUGGGUUUAAACGCUUUCACUGUUGUUCUUAUCGGAGACUCUGGCGUCGGGAAGAGCAACCUGCUGUCACGCUUCACCCGCAACGAGUUUAACCUGGAGAGUAAAAGCACGAUCGGGGUGGAGUUCGCGACCCGCAGUAUCCAGGUGGAUGGCAAGACGAUAAAGGCGCAGAUUUGGGACACGGCCGGACAGGAGCGAUACCGGGCCAUCACCUCAGCCUACUAUCGGGGUGCAGUCGGUGCUCUGCUGGUGUACGACAUCGCCAAACAUUUGACAUACGAGAAUGUGGAGCGCUGGUUGAAGGAGCUGAGGGACCACGCUGACAACAACAUUGUCAUCAUGCUGGUGGGCAACAAGAGUGACCUGCGCCACCUGAGGGCAGUGCCAACCGAUGAGGCCCGGGCUUUUGCAGAGAAGAAUAACUUGUCAUUUAUCGAGACCUCAGCUCUGGAUUCAACCAACGUGGAGGAGGCGUUCAAGAACAUUCUAACAGAGAUCUAUCGCAUCGUAUCACAGAAGCAGAUCGCUGAUCGAUCAGCUCACGAUGAGUCUCCAGGGAACAACGUGGUGGACAUCAGCGUGCCGCCCACCACGGACGGGCAAAAGGGUAGCAAACUGCAGUGCUGUCAAAACCUGUAACCAUGACGACCAACCAUCACCCAAACCCCCAGCCGAACCACCACUCCACUCCCCAGUACACUCGUUUCCCGUUUUCUCUCUACGUGUCGUGCCGCUAAUAUUCAAUAUGUGUAAUAUAUAUUUUUUCUUUUUGAUAGCUUCUCAACUCACGUAUGCACACAUACCGAGACAGACACUCUCACACACACAUUUCUGACAUGAAAUAAAAUUUUACAGUACAAA